AUGGAUGUCCUCGGCAGUUCGCAGACCACAGCGGAAGCUGUUUCUUCCUGGGUCGUGUGCUGGCAGCAGGUGCGCUCCUACACCUCUUUCUGCGAGGAAAUCGAAAAGGCCAAAAGAGCCGCAGUCGACUCGCGGAAGAAACUCGCGAGCGACACCAAAGAUAACCGCCGCCUCUGGUCUUCGCUUUCGCUGUCGCCUUCGGCCUCCACGGGGCCUCCUGUGAGCCCAGCUGCAGCAGCAAAUGGCGGCGCUGCAGCAGCGCAGGACGCGCAGCAGCAGGAGCAGCAGCAGGAGCAGCAGCAGGAGCAGCAGGGAGGCACUGCGGCUCUGGAGACAGUCAAAAAGGCAACAGAGCAGCUGCUGAGGGGCUACCAACAAGAAAUAGACUCGCUCACGAAACGCGCGAAAACAGCAGAGGCCACUUUCUUAGGCCUGCUGCAGCUGCUGCUGCAGCAGCCAGACUUGAUGGUUAUACUGCGUGACCUGGAAGCAAGUGCUGCUUCUGGCGCUGCUGGCCGUCAGGUCGAGGAACUCAAGAAGCAAAUUGAUCUGCAGAAAACAGCAGCAGAAGAUCUCGCAGCGAGAAAUGCAGAGCUCGAGAAAGAGUGUCACGAGCUGGAGGAAGAAAUAAGUAGGGCGAGGGACCAGUCCGUGACAGUGCGCAUGCUUGAGCAGCAGCUGCACCAGCAGCAGCAAAACUUUCAACAGCAACUUGAAGCAGCGGUGGCAAAGGGAGAGCAAAUGGCCCAACUCAAGAGGGCGGACUCACAUCUUCAGCGCGAAAACGCGGAGAUGGCGCAGCAGCUGCAGACAGCGCAGCAGCAAAUUGCACGCCUGGAGGGAAGGCUGCUGCAGCAGCAGCAGCAGUUUGUUGCUACUCGAGACGAACUGGAACGGAAGUGUGGGGCCAUUCUUUCGGAAGUUGAAAUGCUGGAAGAGAAGAGACUGAAACACGAGAAUGACGGACAGACACAGAGCAGCAGCAGUGAUGCAAGCACACUCAGAGCCCUCCAAACUGCCCAAGAACGAAUCAGCCAGCUCUUAGCAGCAGAGAAGGGCCUCGAGGCAGAAAUUCGUAAAGAACAGCAAUUGCGCAUGGAUGCCGAGAAAGCUCACGCGGCAGCUGCUGCACAGGCUGCGAAGAAGGCCGAAGAGAUGAGUUUAACAGUGAAGCAGCUAGAGACAGAACUCAGAGCCAGGCCGACUGCAGAUGAAGUUCGGGAGUUGCGGUCGCAUCUACAAGCUGUUUCUUCCACUCUUUCUGCAAAAGAGGCUGAAGCACACAGGGCGUGCGAGAGCCUGCUAGAGGACAAAAGACGCCUCGCUGCAGAGCUAGCAGCUGCAAACCAGGCAGCAGCAGCGGCGAAAGAAGCAGCAGCUGCUGCAAACGCCACGCUUGCAGCAUUUAACGUAACGGAGCACGCACACCAUGUAGCUCCCGCGAAACAAUCAUCAGGGUCAUCUCUCCUCGAAUGUGAGGCACGGGGCGCCACGGCUGAAAUCCAGGGAAGUCCCGAGCGGGAAGGCCAAAAGACCGAACCCAACGGUGUUGGGGAGGGAGUGUUCAAGAUAGUUGUAGAGCAACGGGAACUGUACAAGAACAAGCUCAUGGAGGCGGAGAAGGAGAGGGACAGGUGGCGCUCUGUCGCUCUCGAGGAGAAAGAGAGACGGGAGGCGCUCGCAGUGGAGAACUACCAGCUUGGCCAGGCCCUGGAGGCUGGGGCAGGGGGGCCUGAGGAGGCUCCGUGGAGGCCAGCGGGGUCCUCAACUUCAGGAGGUAUACGAGGGUACGCCGUGGAUAUUUUGGAGGACAGCGACAGGGAGGUAAUCAUGGCAGAUAGCGUAGCGCGUGCGGCCGCGGACACUGCACGAAGCAUCUUAGGUCCCAAGGGCAGGUCUACCUGCGAUUCCCGUGGGGGCUCGGGACCAAACCUCCUCGUUUUAGAAGGCCCUAAGGAUGGGUUGUCUCGGCGAGAGAGAUUAAAGCAGCAGCAGCAGCAACAACUCCAGCAGAAGCUGCAGCAACUGGGUGUCGGGGAACGGGUUGUUGUGAUAUGGGGUCGCAUGCUGCUAUCUUCUCGAGCUACGCGUGUGUUUGCUCUUUUGUAUUUCUCCCUGCUACACUCUUUGGUGUUUUUGGUGCUUUUGUUUGCUGCUGACUGGGCCUCUAAUACAGGGUCAGGAGGGGCCUCUUCAACUACGCAUGCAUACCUUAACUAG